AGAGGUACUGAGGCGGAGAAACAGAGAGCUGGACACUUAUUUACAUCUGCCAUGAAAGACAGAGCUGAGGACAGAGGAGCAGGACUGCUCUCAAACUUACUGAAAACUUCCACCACCUGAGGAGAGAGAGAGAGAGAGAGAGAGAGAGAGAAAAAGAGAGAGAGAACUGCUCUCAUCCUUACAUAAUAACCCAUCAGAGCGAGACUGGUACUGACACUCUGCUCACACUUCUGUAAAGUUAGUCUGAAACUCUUUGGGGGGCUGAACUUUUUCCCUGCUUUCCUGCUUUUCGAUAAGAAACAAUGUACAGAGUGGUGCUCAGAGCUGAGCGGAGAGACUGUAGCCCCCCGCGGACAUGAGGACAGGGUCCCAGCUCGCUGAUCGGACACUCUUCUCGGCCUGACUUCUCCUCUAUGCUUCCCCAGCUUCACUGCUCGGAGUAGAAGUCGAAAAAUCACGCUCUCAAACAAGCCACACUGAAGUCCUGAUCAGAAGCCAUGACUUCGGCCACUCCCCCCUCCUCACGCAGCCCCUCCCCCCAAAAGGUGUGCCACUCCCAGACGCAGACAGAGGUCCUGAAGCCGCUGCUGGGUGGAGGAGGCGGAGCUGCAGCAGGGGGCGGUCCUGCAGCACUGAGGAGGCGUCGGCGUGUGCUCUCAAAGGAUGGGCGGAGCAACGUACGAAUCGAACACGUCAGUGGCCGAGGUGCUCUCUACCUGCGUGACCUCUGGACGACCUUUCUGGACAUGCAGUGGCGCUACAAGCUCUUCCUGUUCUCUGCCACCUUCGCUGGCACCUGGUUCGUCUUCGGAGUGCUGUGGUACCUGGUGGCACUGGUGCACGGAGACCUGCUGGAGUUUGACCCACCUUCCAACCACACCCCCUGUGUGAUGCAGGUCCAGACACUAACGGGGGCUUUCCUCUUCUCACUGGAGUCACAGACCACCAUUGGCUACGGCUUCCGUUGCAUCACUGAAGAAUGUCCGGCCGCCAUCAUUCUCCUCAUUGUGCAGCUAGUCAUCACUAUGGUGAUGGAGAUCUUCAUCACAGGGACAUUUCUGGCUAAGGUGGCUCGGCCGAAGAAGCGUGGUGAGACAGUGAAGUUCAGUCAGCAUGCUGUCGUAGCGAAUCAUGAAGGACGGCCGUGUCUGAUGAUCCGUGUGGCCAACAUGCGCAAGAGCCUGCUUUUGGGCUGUCAGGUAACGGGUAAGCUGCUGCAGACGUCUCUAACUAAAGAGGGGGAGACUGUACGUCUGGACCAGAGGAAUGUGGCAUUCCAGGUGGACACAUCCAGCGACAGCCCCUUCCUCAUCCUUCCCCUCACAUUCUACCACAUCAUCGACGACAGCAGUCCACUCCGUGCCUGGGCCGCCAAGGGUGGUGGAUGGACAGAUCCAGAUCUGGCGGAUUUUGAGCUGCUGGUAAUAAUGAGCGCCACGGUGGAGCCCACCUCAGCUACCUGCCAGGUGCGCACCUCCUACCUGCCUGACGAGAUCCUGUGGGGCUACGAGUUCCCCCCUGUCGUCUCACUCUCGCCUUCGGGGAAAUACGUGGCCGAUUUCGCCUUCUUCGACAAAGUCGCCAAGACUAAGACCCCGCCUCUUUUUAAACAGGCCCCGCCUCCAAGCCCCCAGUCACCCCGUUAUAAAGGUAGCGGUGGAGGGGGUGGAACUGGGGGGUCGGACCCGGAGAAGAUGAGACUGGAGGAGAGCUAUCGAGAGGAAAAGGGGCGGGACAGGGGCCGAAUUCGAGAUAGCAGCCCACUUAGUGUUCGCAUUAGCAAUGUGUAGCGAGAGAGAGAUAGAGAGAUACAGACAAAGAAAGAGAGAUAGAGAAAGAGAGAGAGAGAGAGGUGGGAGUACAGAUUCAGAUCUCAGCCAUGUUUUUAUUUGAUGAGUAAAACUUAUCUGUUUAUACUAGAAAGUGUGCCAGUAAAACAGUAUGGAGAACACUGUAUGUCCAAAGGUUAUAUAUCGUCGCUGUCCAAUGAAAAACAUUUAUCUCCAAAACAGCAACUUUACAGUAGAGAGAAAAAAAACUUGUAAACUUUUAAUGGAAGUCAAUGUAAAAUGAGUUUAUUUGAAGUCAUUUUGAAGAGUUUCUAUUGGUCGAGAAAUAUUUUCAUUGGACAGAGACGAUAUAGACAGUUUCUGAAAUCAAGCGUGUAAAUAAGUGAAAAGCUCCUAUUUUUCUGAAAAUGCUAUACUAUUUAGCUGUAAGGAUUGGCUAACAUUCAGCCAUUGCAAGUGCAGUAGGUCAGGAGCCAGUGCUGGAUGCCAACUUUUAAAUCUAUAGAGAUAGUGAACAAUGAUGGUCCCUUCAUCCUGCAGCCAAUUUGCCUACAGAUGUUGCAGCUGGGCCUGCAGAUCCUGCACACUCAUAGUUUGCCCCAGCUGGUGCCAUAAAUGCUUGAUUGGUUGUAUAUUUGGGAACCAGGCAGGUCAAGGAGGUGUCGCAAUCUUGAAAGGACCAUCCUGGCCAUGCUUGCAGUGUGUGGACGAGCAUUAUCCUGCUGAAAAAGGCCAUUUGGAAGACAACACAAGAAGCCACUGGUUAUUCUGCACAUAUUCCUGAGCUGUGUCCCUCGUUUUACUACUUGGGGCGACUAACUGUCGAAUAUGCGAUGGCCCCCGAUCACCACACAGCAAAGGGGGGGCUCGAGCACUCAACAUGAGACCUCCACACUCAAAUCGGGAUUCAUCACUAAAGACGAUACACUUCCAGUUCAUAGCAAGUUUCAGGUUUCUUAUUCAUAACAUCACCACAAACAAAAGCAAAGGUGGAUGGCUGACGGAUGGCUGUGGGUUAUAGAGGCAUGUCUAGCAGUCACUGAUCUCUCACCAGGAGGUACACUACCCAAGUAGCCUCUGAGAGCCUUUAUAAAGGGCAGAGGAUGAAUAUUCUUGUAGUAAGACUCUGUAGUCUUUUUUUGCCAAUGCUCCUCUAUAGAGAUUAUACAAGUUGGUCUGCAGAAGCUCCACCUACAUUAUUUCAUUGCUUAUUAGAAGACGUGUCUUGAUACUUUUGGACAUACAGUGUAUACAAGACCUGAAGGAACGAAGGUAAAAAUGAAAGAAGGGAAAUUACAGACUAAUACUAAAAUUACUAGAAGAAGAGGAAUCAAAAGACAUCAGAAUAAGCUGCUUCAGGAUAGAAUAAAGACAUAAACACAUACACACACACAUAUAUACACGCACACACUACAAACUACACAUACACUGGGACUACUUAGUGCGGAAGAUUGUAUCGCUCGCCACCUUGUGGCUGGAAGGCACAGUGCCACUUAUUGAAAAAAAAAAAUAAAAAAAACGACUCAAAUGGACAAACACCUGCCUUGCUUUCAUGUACAAAUAACUGGACUUUUUAUUUACUGGGUUUUUUUUAUAUAUAUUAAUGUUCACGGUAUGGACUUUUAAAGGAUUAUGAAAGAUCAAGGGUCCAGCCAACAUGUGGCACAGGUCACUUAAUAAUUAAAAACGAACCACUGUACUGAAGUCGAGGGUAGAUCAGAGGGAUUCAGAGGUACUAUAUCCAUCCCAGGACUUCCUCCUCCAUAUCUGAUGGACUGAACUGGAAUGAAUAUCAUGUGACAUGUACAUUUUUUCUAUAUUUGUACCUAACAGUGCCAGUCGAGUACUCGUUCGAGUAUAGAUCUAGUUUUUUAUGCCUAGUUUUUCUAGUCACUGGAAAAAAAAACAUAUUGAUGAGGUAUGUUAACAAUACUAAAAGCACUUUAACUCAGCGCCAAGCCUCUUCCUGUACCCGGUGUGAACGGAGACUAACUGUGUGUGCUGGGAAAUACAGUAGCUGUCCAUGUCUUGCACAAGUGGAGUGUGUGAGAGUGCAUCUAUGGCUUUGUAGCACGUCUGCUUAAGUGAGGACCUGUGGGAAAUGGGCGGUUGGUAAAAGAUCAAUCGUCACUGCCAUGCAGAAACUUUGUCUGUCUAACUUGCAUCUCUGCAACUUUAUAGGAGAAGCAAAAAAAAAAAAAAAACUUCUUAAGUUUGAAUGGAAAUCAAUGUAAUUAGAUUUUCUUACAAGCAGUGAUGGACGAUAUGACUACAUGUCAUCAUGUCAUGAUAUAUUUUGUUAUUGUGAUACCCAAAUUUUCUUUUGUAAUUUUACAGAAGACUGACUAACUGCACUUUUUUGAUUGCUAAGAGUGUAAUCUGUCCAGUACACCUGGAUGGAGUGCACAAAAAUCAUUGUACUAAGCAUAAAUACUUUUACGGUAUAUUAUUUGUAUUGCAACUUCAAAAAUAUGCCACUACUGGUGCAUCUUCUCCAUACAUAUACAUACAGUAAUAAAUGUUGUGUUCACUAAAAAUUGGUCUAUUAAUCAUGACAUUUGGAGACCAUGUCUACACUGUUAACUGCCAGAUCUUUAUUGUGUCAUAAAGUUAAAAAUGUCAAAAAUUGGACAAACAGGAUUUUUGCAUGACAGCGACAAGAUAUAUUUAGAAUCACUAUAUUUCAUAAGUUUACAAAAUACAUUUCUUUAUUUUAUAAAACUGAUUUUGAGAAUGUAAUUGAAAUAUUAUUAUUAUUAUUAUUAUUAUUAUUAUUAUUAUUAUUAUUAUUAUUAAAGUGCGAAACACUGCUGUAUAUAUUUAAUUCUAAAAAUUUAUAAAUGAAUGAAAGUGGUUUGUGGGCUUGUCAGGAGAAAAACAUAAUGUAUUUUCAUGCUAAUUCAUUCGGUAGGCCUCAGUUUUAAAAACUGGAGCGUCACCACUUUAACUUCUAAUGACUUCAAAUGACUUUUUAAUAAAUCAUCAGUUUUGAGGCAGUUG